CCCCGCCCAGGAAAAUUCACGUCUGUAGCCCCGUCACAAACCUCUCGAAUUUGACGAUAUCACACCUUUCGACUCUUCUGUCUCAGCGCCAACCCAUCUCGACAGACAGAUCAGCCCCCCGACCGACAAGAUGGCGGACGUCGACACCCCCGUCACCCUGCGAACUCGCAAGUUCAUCCGUAACCCCCUGCUUGGCCGUAAGCAGAUGGUCGUUGAUAUCCUCCACCCCGGCCGCGCCAACAUCUCCAAGGAUGAGCUCCGCGAGAAGCUCGGCUCCUUGUACAAGGCCACCAAGGACCAGAUCAACGUCUUCGGUCUCCGCACCCAGUUCGGUGGCGGCAAGACCACUGGUUUCGCCCUCGUCUACGACUCCCCCGAGGCCAUGAAGAAGUUCGAGCCCCACUACAGACUGGUCCGCGUUGGCUUCGCCAGCAAGAUCGAGAAGGCCAGCAGACAGCAGCGCAAGCAGCGCAAGAACCGCCAGAAGACCCUGCGCGGAACGGCGAAGGUCAAGGGUGCCAAGAAGAAGAAGGAAUAAGCGGUUCGCCCUUGUUGCCUGGGGUCAGGCCAACAAAACGAGGGGAAUUCCCCGGAUCAUCCGCAAGAGACCGUGGGGCGGCGUUGGUGGAACAAUCAAAAAAGAACAAUUCAAAAUGUCGUCUUGGGCCAAUGUGGUUGUUUCUUCUUCCGCUUGGGGGGGAUCUCCUUUCAUUUUUUCCGAAAUGGGGAGUUUGUUCCAACUCUGGCUGUGUGCAUCUUAUUCGAUGAAACAAAUGCGGCUUUAGCAUCAUCCCCAUGCGUCGGUCCGGCUGGGUUUAUGUCGGCCACGCAAAAACAACUAGAGUCUACGCGGCGUGAUACGGGGGAAUGGGUUCAUGAUUCUCUCAAAUAUGAAAUGCAUC